AGUUUCAGGUCGCGCCGCCAGAGUGCAGCAUGUACGGAAAACUGGUGGUCGUCGUCCUCGUCGGCGCCGUGUGCAGCCUCCCGAGUCCCGAUUCCAGAGCCACGAAGAGUGUCGACAAGCCCGUGGUGAAGACGCCGCUGGGGCAGGUGCAGGGGUCCGUGCUGGCGUCGCGGAUGGGAAAGCAGAUUUUUUCCUUCAGGGGGGUGCGGUAUGCGAAGGCGCCGGUGGAGGAGCUGAGGUUUCAGCCACCUGUUCCUGUCGACAAGUGGGACAACCUCUACAACGCGACGCAAGAUGGAGCGCUGUGUCCACAGCCCACUGAUGAGCCGACUGCAGAAGACUGUCUUUUCCUUAACGUGUACACGACGAAACUUCCGAAGGGGACCGACCAGCCUAAGCGGCCUACUUUAGUGGUGAUCCACGGUGGCGCUUUUUAUAGCACAGGCGGCUCCAGCAACUGGGAGGGUCCUCAGUACCUUCUAGACCAAGACAUCGUCCUCGUCACAUUCAACUACCGUCUGGGUACUUUAGGUUUCUUGAGUACCGGCGACAAAGAAGCUCCUGGUAAUAACGGCCUUAAGGAUCAAGUAGUGGUUUUGAAAUGGGUAAAGGAUAAUAUCGCCGCCUUUGGCGGCGACCCAGACUCAGUUACCCUGGUGGGCUUCGGGUCCGGCGCCCUCAGCGUCACUCUCCACUUAGUAUCACCCUUAAGCAAGGGGUUGUUCCACAAAGCCAUCAUCAUGAGUGGCUCCGCCUUCGGGCAGAUGCCCAUCCCUGAAAACCAGUUGGACCUAGCCAAAAAGCAAGCCAAGAUUUUGGACUGUCCCGACGAUACUUCGGCCAACAUCGUCAAGUGCUUGAAGGGGAAGACGGCCGACGAGUUAGGGGAUUCGCAGCCGAAGUUUGUGGAGUUCGGGGAUGAUCCGAUUUACAUUUGGAAACCCGUGGUGGAGGGGGAUUUCGGACAGGAGAGGUUUUUGACGGGGCACCCUAUCGAACUGGUGGAGAAAGGCGAGUUUGAGAAGGUUCCAAUAGUGGUGGGGACCACGACGGACGAGUUUGCAGCCAGAGCCUUCCAUGUUUUAGCCAACGAGACUUUGAAGAAGCAGUUAAGUGAAGGCUUUGACAAAGUUGCUCCUAUUGCGUUUCUGUACGAACGAGAUGGGGACCAUUCGAAGACUGUCAGUGAAGGACUGAAGAAGUUUUAUUUGAAUGAUAAGGCGUUAGAUAACUCGUCGUUGCCGGGCUUGACGCAACUGUACGCCGACGCGCUCACCGGAUUUGGGGUCAACAGAGCAGCCGAGUUGUUGUCGGAGAAAAGUAACGAAUCGGUUUACUACUACAGGUUCAACUACAAAGGGAAAUUUAGUCACUUUUAUUUACCCGAAAGCAACAGCACAAUUCCUUUUGGUGUUGUGCACAACGACGACCUCAUUUAUCUUUUCUACAUCCAGAAGCUAUUCCCUCUCAACAAAGACACCGAUCCUGAAGUCCAAACCGUGAACAAGCUUACCACACUGUGGGCUAACUUCGCCAAAACCGGAAACCCGGUCCCUGAGACUAGUGACAAGCUCGACAACAUCAAGUGGGAACCGUACACCACCAAAGACCAGAAAUACCUCGACAUCGGCAACAAGCUAGUCCUCAACGAGAAGUUGUACGAGAAGCGCUACGCCGAAUGGGCGAAACUCUUCCCUUUGUCUCAGUACACCGAGAAGAAAUCGUAAAUUCAAAUGGACUUUUUACUUACUCGCCGAUUUCUUCCUCUAAAAAUAGUAUUUAUGAGUUUCGAUCAAAUAAAUCUUCCGUCAUGUUAACGUCGUCGUAAAUUUAAGUCUGGAAAUGGCAAUUCGGAUUUACGAGAUUUGGAUUUUUAUUCGUUAUUAGCGACAAUGUGCUUUUUCAACAGCGUGCCCUUCAUAUUUCACAUUUCGUAUCGAUCGUGGGCUUUGAAUGGUUUGUUUUAGUUAGAGGUGGAUGCUGGUGUAACUUAUUUUAGGGUUUUUAGUGCUCUAGGUGUAAUUAAAUGCGAAUAAAUGGGUGCUAAACA